AUGGAACCCUAUUCGAAGAGACGCAGGCUGAACAGUGGAGAAGAUCAGCUAGUUGAUGGCCAAAACACCUUUGGAAAUACUACCUUGAAUGGGCAAUCUCGUGCUAUAUUUGGUAAUCUAUAUGGAACUCACAAUCACUACUGUGAUCAGACAAAGAAUGAUGGCGAUGCCACAUCGGUACCGGAUAGGCGCAAGAGGCUGGUGGCUUCCCUGACAUUCAAGAGAAUGGACGCUCGUCAGCACAACAUCGCAACAGCUAUGCCAAAGACAUGUAUAUGGCUGUUCCGACACAAUGCAUUCAAGCAAUGGACCGACGAUGACGAGAUAUCCCAGCAUGGCGGUUUCCUGUGGAUCAAAGGCAAGCCAGGCUGCGGCAAAUCUACCAUCAUGAAAGGUGCUCUAGCCUGGGCAAACAAACAAAAACCAAAGAGAAACUGGAUCACUGUCUCGUACUUCUUCAAUGCUCGUGCUCCCGACGCCCUGGAGAAGUCUGCCCUUGGCCUCUAUCAGUCACUGGUUCACCAAAUCCUUCAAGUCGCUCCUCAAUUCGUGUCAGAUUUCGAGGACAUGUUCUCGUGGAAGGCUGUAGACGACACUAUGGUCUAUACCACUACCGAGCUUCAAGGGUUCCUUCUUCAGGUUGCAAGAAAUCCCGAGAGGCCUUCACUGUGUGUCUUCAUUGACGCGUUGGACGAAGGAGACGACAAGGAUGUACGAGCUCUCAUAGCUUUCCUUGAAGAGCUUACAGACGAUACGGAUUCGAUGCCUGCUUUAAGAGUCUGCUUGUCAAGCCGACACUAUCCUCAUAUCACCAUCAAGAGAGGCUUGUCUCUUGUGGUAGAAAAGCAGCGCGACCACGACCACGACAUUGAAAUCUAUGUUCGGAAAAAGCUUUUCAUUGCUGAUGAUGCCAACAUCGGUGAUCUUCAUGUCGCUGUUUAUCGAAAAUCGGCAAGCAUCUUUCUAUGGGUAGUCCUGGUAGUUCCUAUCUUGAAUCAUAUGUACGACCGAGGCAAAAACAUCAGCGACAUGAUGCGCUACCUCGAAUCACUUCCUAAAGAUCUGGAAGGCUUGUUUGCUGAAAUCCUAGCAAGAGAUGCCGAUGAGGUCAGAAAUUGUGUCUCCCUGCUUCAGUGGGUGCUGUUUGCCUCACGACCCUUGACCGCCGUCGAACUCUACCUUGCUAUUCAACACAGCUGGGCACGUCCAGAAGAAGAUGAGAUUCCGAUACUUCAAGAUGCGCCCUUGUCGAGAUACCUGCUCAACAACUCACGUGGUCUGGUGGAAUAUACGAAAUCCGAGCCUCAGACUAUUCAGUUCAUUCACGAAACGGUUCGCGAAUUCCUCGUCGGUACUAGCGGGCUGGCUGAGGUCGAUCCCGCACUGAAAGACAAUCUACAUGGUUGGAGUCAUGCCAAAUUGUCUCAGGCUUGUCUCAGCUACUUCAGCCGUACUUACUCCAGACUGCCUAGCGACAUUCACGAUGUUGUCAAAAAUGACCCUCUUCCUGGUACUCCUCGCCAUAUCCGUGUUGUCCAUAGGAGGAAGAGUGCGAAGAUCAGGGGCAAGAUUGACAGUGAAUUGCCUUUCAUGCGAUAUGCGAUCGAAAAUGUACUUGUGCAUACUGAAGCAGCACAGCAAAAUGGCGUCCCACAGGACUCCUGCUGGAGGUUGCUGAUGAAAGGAGAUUUUGGUGUUCAUGACGGUUGGAGAGUGCUUCGGAACAUCUUUGAGAAGCACGAUAUACAAUGCCUCGACUCUACAGUGACAUUGCUGUACAUAGUCGUCGAGCUGAAGCUACCAAUCUUAGUCGAUAAACUAGCUGCCAUGCCUGGCGCCGUCGAUGUUGAGUGCGGUCGAUAUGGAAGUGCUUUGCAGGCUGCUUGUCAUGGUGGGGACGAGUAUAUCGUGCAAUGUUUGAUCGAUCACGGUGCAGAUGUUGAUAAGGAGGGUGGUGAGCACAAGCACUCGCUUCCUGCGGCAUUCCAUGGCGAACACUUCCACAUCGCACGACUGCUGAUCAGCCACGGUGCUAGUCUAAAUCUCGAAAUGUUCCUCAAAGCACUAAGCUAUCAUCAUGAUCGUGCUUCAGAAGAAGAAAUAUCGAUACUGCAUGAUUUGACCUUACCUCCAGGCGUCUACGAUAAUGCAGAAAUAGGAGAGCUACUCUGCCUAGCUGCAGGUCGAGGCACUACUGCAUUCGUUGCUCGUCUGCUACCACGAUAUAAUACAGCACUUGUCGCAGCUGCUAGCAACGGGAACUUGGAGGUGGUUUCGUUACUCCUGGACCAUGGCGCUGGUAUUGAAGUUACAGGCAUCAACGAACUGACGGCACUUGUCGCAGCUGCUAGCAACGGAAAACUCGAAUGCGUCAAACUACUGGUGAGUCGAGGAGCGAACGUUCAUGUAGUAGGCCUCGGAGAUUCUGCGUUGAGCAGGGCUGCAGGUGGUGGUCAUGCAGAAAUAGUCAAGGUACUCCUGGCAGCAGGUGCAAAUAUCAACGAUGGAUCUUUCGCGCUUGCAGGUGCUGCACAAGAAGGACAUUAUGAAGUCGCCAAGUUACUCAUUGAGAGUGGUGCAGAUGUCAAUGCUUCGGACAAGGAGUCUUUCUAUCGCGUCCCGUUGUGUGCGGCUAUACGGGGCGGAGAGCCUGCAAUUGUUGAGCUCCUACUUUCUGCAGGCGCUUCAAUCGAUGUCCAACUCGACAUGCACGAAUGGCUCUCCCCGUUGUUCCACGAUGGCUGUACGACAACGCUAGAGCACCUGUUGAAAACAAAACAAACUGAAUACGCUGAGAAAAUCCGACAAUUGCACGACAUGCAGCAGUGGACUCACUGCGGCCACUCGCGUACUUGCCCGAUAUCAGUGCCGCAAGUCAAAAGUCUCUCUCUCGAGGCCAUGUGUUCAGAAGCUGAAUAUGCUCGGUUCUGUGAAGAAGCUGAACUAGACUUUUCGGAGUAA